CCUCGAGGAACGUCCUGUGGGUGAUCGAGGGGACCUCCUGCGACCUGCCCUGGCAGGCCGCCCUCUUCAAAGGCGAGAAGUUCAUCUGCGGCGGGACGUUGGUGGAGAAGAAUUGGGUGCUGACAGCCGCCCACUGCCACGUCCCGGGCUUCAUCGGCGUGCGGCUGGGGGGCCAGACCCACAAGGACCCGGGUGGCACCGAGCAGUGGCGGUACUCGGCCAAAGUCUUCAAGUACCCACGUUACAACGAGACCACCAAGGACGGCGACUUGAUGCUCAUCAAGUUCCUCCUGCCCGUCCACGUCAACAAGCAGGUGAAACCACUGCCGCUGGCCUCCCGCUGCCCCGUGCCCGGCGAGACCUGCCAGAUCUCAGGCUGGGGGUCCACCACCAGCCCUGAAGUCACCUUCCCUGAGGAUCUCCACUGCACCAAGGUCACCAUUGUCUCGGAAGAGCAGUGCCGGCGCAUCUACUCCGACUCCAUCACGCCCAACAUGGUGUGCGCGGGUGAAUCCCGCAGUCGGGCUGAUUCCUGUCAGGGUGACUCUGGGGGACCCCUCAUGUGUGAUGGGCGACUCCAGGGUAUCGUUUCUUGGGGGCCGGGCAUCUGCGGGGACCCCAAGAAACCCGGCGUCUACGUCAACCUCUGCAAAUACACUCGGUGGCUCCAGGACACCAUGAGAAGGAACUAA